AUGUUUUGCCACCUGAGACCUGUGAGGGGGUUCUGUCUGGGGAAAAUAUUUCCAUACUGGUUUCUCUACUCGAGAGCCUUGGUGGGAGCUGAAGCAGUCAAAGCCUUAAGGCCUUUCUGUUUUGCUGUGCAUCCAGAUUUCUUUGGACAGCAGCCCCAGGAAAGGGAAGUCAAUGAAAAUUCUCUUAAGAGAUUAAGUGCCUACUUAGAAAACCUCCAGAAGCCAGGGUUCAAGUCUUUGAAACCAACUCAGCUCAUGUUUUAUGUAAGAGAAACAGACCAGAAUUCCUCCGAUGGCCAGGAGCACUUUAGCACUUCCGGGUUUUGAGCAGUCAGAUUUACUUUGCACACCAGAGAUCUGCUAAGCACAGUAUUAUAUAUUCUCAACUCCUGCAGUUUAUCUAUUGAGCAUGUCCAAAGCUUGAAUAAUAAUGUGCACUCCCAGCUUCUCAAAGAGGCCAAAGGGAUAUCUGACAGGCCUAUCAAAUGGGACAAGUCUUACUACUCCUUUACUGGAUUCAAGGACCCUAACGAAGACCUUGAGCAAGUCUGGAGAACGGAAACAACCCUAACGUCCUGGUUAGAUAACAACGGGGAAAGUGCUGUUAAAAAGUUGAAGAACAGUUUGCCGCUUAGAAAAGAACUAGAUCAUUUAAAAGAUGAACUGUCCCAUCAGCUGCAGCUCUCAGACAUCAGGUGGCAGAGGAGCUGGGGCAUCACACAUCACUGUAGCCAGCUGCACAGUCUAGGCCGCCUAGCCCAGCAGAACUUGGAAACACUGAAAAAUGCAAAAGGAUGUACAGUAAUAUUCACAGACUGGUCCGGGGUGAGUGCAGUGGGCCAUGUGAUGCUAGGAACCGUGGAUGUCCAUCAUCACUGGGCAAAGGCAGCCACCGGUCCCCUCUGUGUCCCUGUAGAACAUCUGAAAUUUCUCCUGAGGAAUACAGCCACCAGAGAGACCUCAGCCCUUAGUCUUCUUGCAGGAUCAGCCUCCGAUUUGAAGGCAGAAUUUGGAUGCGACAAUGGUGGCAGUGAGGGCAGCUUCCAUGGAAAGUCCUACCAGUUAGUUGGAAUGCCCCUGACAGUGAUGUCUUUGCUGUUUUCUUUCCCAAAUCAGCCCAGCCCCCUAAGCAAGAAGGCCAAGGCCAUCCCUGCCCAUUCUGACCUCUGCUCUGAGUCCCACGCUGCCUGCCGCUGGUCAUUUCACUAUUCUUGGAGGCAGCAGACCUCAAAGGUGUGGUCUGGCACUGAAGCAGAAGCCCUCCUGGCCACGGAGGCCACGAGGCAGAUGUCAAGACCACCCCAGAGCACACGUGUGAUAAGACCCAGCAAAUCCACCAUGGUGAGUCGGCUGGCCCUGCUCGGGCAGAUGCUGCCUCGCCGGCUCGGAGCCCAGCUCACUUCUGCUCUUGCUGGGGCCCCUGGACCCCACAUCUGA